UUUUUCUUUUUUUUUUUUCUUUUUUUUUUUUCGAUUCGUUCCGUUUUCUUUGCCAUGAGUGAACCUCAGAUUACGUUCGAGCUGCCAGAGACGCACUUUGGCGCGCGUGGUUCGGCAGACAGCACGGACGGAGAGUCGCGUGAGGCGUCGCGCCUGGCGUCGCGCGCGCAGAGCUCUGCAGGAUUGCUCGCCGUGCAGCAGGAGCGCAUGGACCCGUCGCGCACGUCGCACACCGACCCCCAGCGCGUGCUCUAUGCGCGCGACUUUCGCCGUGCAUACUACCCGCCUGCGUCCAUGACCUCGCUGGAUGUCGUCCGCGAUCCGCAUCACGAGGACUUUGACAUGCGCCACUACUAUGUCGAGUUUGUCGACAAGUGGUUCCCUGGCCGUCCGCUCGGCGGUUUCCUCGAGUUCCGCGACAUUUCGUUCCGUGCCACGGUCAACAAGGAGCGCCAUGUUCACAACGUGUGGUCGGACUUCAAGCAGAUGGUUGGCAUCAACCCGCGCCCCGAGACGACCGAGUACGCCGUCCUCGAUGGCGUUUCAGGCUACCUGGAGCCUGGUGACAUGUGCAUCGUGCUCGGCGGCCCGUCGUCUGGCAAGACCUCCCUGCUCAAAGCCCUCUCCAACCGACUGAGCAACGCUGUUCGCGGCAUCAUCCAAGUCAACGGCCAGAAGGUGCCCGACAACUUUAACCGCGUUAUUGGUCUGGUUCCUCAGCAGGACAUUCACAUUCCCACCCUGACCGUGAAGGAGACCCUGCGUUUCGCUGCCGAGCUGCAGCUCCCCGAAUCCAUGCCGUCUGAAGACAAGAACGACCACGUCGAUGUCGUGCUCAAGCUCCUCGGUCUGGCGCACGCCGCGGACACGAUGCUGGGCAACAACCUGAUUCGCGGUGUCUCGGGUGGUGAAAAGAAGCGCGUCACGAUUGGUGUCGAGCUUCUCAAGACUCCCAACUUGAUGCUGUUUGACGAGCCGACGACGGGUCUGGAUUCCGCCGCCGCCUUCAACGUCAUGAAUCACGUCCGCGGCAUUGCGGACGUCGGCUUCCCGUGCAUGGUCGCUCUGCUCCAGCCGUCCAAGGAGCUCUACGAUCUGUUCAACAAGGUCCUGUUGAUUAGCAACGGCCAGAUUGUCUACUUUGGUCCCAAGGACGACGCCCUCCCGUAUUUCGAGUCGAUUGGCAUCUCGUGCCCCGCCGGCCUGAACCCUGCCGAAUUCCUCGCCCAAGUCGCCGAUCACCCCGAAAAGUUUGUCGCGCCGUCCGUCUCGGCAGAGCUGUCGACCGAGCACUUCCACGAGCAGUUCCGCAAGUCUGACAUUUACGCCGAGCUUGGCCGCAAGCUGUGGAAGGGCGUGGCUCCUCGCAACGCGCCUCCUCCGGCCAACCCGAAUGUCGUUCCCAAGUACUCGAAUUCCGUGUGGACUCAGUUUAAACUGAACUUGGACCGCGCCAUCAAGAUCAACUUGCGCGACCCUGCCGGGUUGCAGGUGCGAAUUUCGCGCAGUAUCAUGACCGGCUUCAUUGUCGGUACCUUGUUCGUCCAGCUGGGAUCGGACCAAGUUGGCGCCCGCAACAAGCUCGGUGUCAUUAUCAACAGCGUGGCCUUUUUUGCUUUUGGUGCUGCUGCCAUGAUUCCGCUGUACCUGGACGAGCGCAGUGUCUACAACUCGCAGCGCUCUGCCAAGUACUUCCAGCCAUUCUCGUACUUUGCCGCCGUCAAUCUUGCCGACAUUCCCUUCACCAUUCUCGAAGUUCUCCUAUUUUCCAUCAUUCUCUACUUUACCGUUGGUCUUCGCAGCGGUGCUGGCUACUUUUUCUACUGGGUCUUUAUGAAUCUUGCUGUCGCCCUGUGGUCCAACUCGUUCUGCCGCGCCAUGACCACCAUCGCUCCGAGCUUUUCGAUUGCCAACGCUGUCAUUCCUGCCGUCAUUGCCAUCUUUUUGCUGUUCAAUGGCUACCUUGUGCCGUAUGGCUCGUUCCCUGAAGGCUGGAAGUGGAUGUACUGGAUCUCCCCCUUGCACUACAGCUACGAAGGCCUUGCCAUCAACGAGUUUGAGGGCAAUCCGCUGACAUGCGACCCGGAUCAGCUCGUGCCCCCGCCUUUUGCCCCCAACUUUACUGCCCCGUUCCCUUACGGCUUCAAUGGCACCCAGACUUGCCCCUUCACGAUGGGUGAUCAGUACUUGGCCACCUACUCUGUCCAGAUGGGCAACGACUGGAUUGCCUGGGACAUGGUCAUCAUGUACGUCUUCUACCUCUUCUUCCUGCUGGUCACGUUCGUUCUGCAAAAGUACGUCACGUUCGACGCCACGCACAACCCGCACGUCGAAACGACCGAAGACCGUGCCAACCGUCGCAAGAUUCUUGCCGCCAAGAUGCUCAACAAUGUGAAGAAAACAACCGUUUCCAGCGAGACAGCCAAGGCGUAUCUCGAGUUCAAAAACCUCAGCUAUUCGGUCGAGGUGGUUGAUUCCAACAAGAAGAAGGUCCAGAAGCAGCUGCUGAAGGACAUUAACGGUUAUGUCAAGCCCGGAACAAUGGUUGCGCUCAUGGGCCCUUCUGGCGCUGGCAAGACAACUCUGCUCGACGUUCUGGCCGAUCGCAAGACGGGCGGUACCGUGACUGGCGAAAUCCUGGUCAAUGGUGCCCCGCGCAACGAGUUUUUCAAGCGUAUUUCUGGCUACUGCGAACAGCAGGAUAUUCACUUUGCGCGCUCGACCGUGCGCGAGGCGAUUGCGUUCUCGGCCAUGUGCCGCUUGCCCGAGGAGAUGUCGGCCGAGGAAAAGUGGCGCAUGGUGGACAAUGUCAUUGCCGAGCUCGACAUGGAAGACAUUGCCGAGGACAUGGUCGGCACUCCGGCCGAAGGUGGUUUGUCUGCCGAGCAACGCAAGCGUCUGACCAUUGCCGUCGAGCUGGUCACCGAUCCGCCGCUCUUGUUCUUGGAUGAGCCCACCUCGGGUCUGGACGCGUACGGUGCCGCGCUCGUCAUGAACAAGAUUGCUGAGAUUGCCCGCAGCGGUCGCUCCGUCAUUUGCACCAUCCACCAACCCUCGGCCGAGCUCUUCCUCAUGUUUGACCACCUCCUGCUUCUUCGUCCCGGCGGCCGCCAAGUGUUCUUUGGCUCUGUCGGUCAAAACCUUUCCCUGCUGCUUGGUUAUGUCAAGGAGCACUUUGGUCUUACUUUCAAGAACGAUCGCAACCCGGCCGACUGGAUGAUGGAUACUGUCUGCACCGCUCCUGACAAGGAUGGCGCUGCUCUCUGGGACGCCUCGGCAGAAUGCAAGCAAGUCAUUGAUACUCUGGCAAAGGGCGUGACGCCGCCGGACGUGAAGCCGCCGCACUUUGAGCGCGCUCGAUUCGCCACCUCGCUGGGAACGCAGCUGCGCGAGGUUUUCCCCCGUACCUUCCAAAUGUUCUGGCGCAACCCCUUGCUCGUCAAGGUUCGCUUUAUGAUUUACCUCGUCGUUGGUCUGAUUCUCGGCUCCUUCCUGUGGCAGCAGCAGCUGGACCAGGCUGGCGCGACCAACCGCGUCGCCAUCAUGUUCUUUGGCAUUGUGUUUGUUGCCUACGCCACCCACAGUGCCAUUGGUGACAUUAUGGACAUGCGGACGGUGUUUUACCGAGAAAAGAUGGCAGGCAGCUACCGUGUCACUGCGAUUGCCAUUUCGAUUGUCCUGACAGAAAUUCCCUACCACGUCAUUUACGUGACCUUCUAUGUCGUGCCCAUGUACUGGAUUUCCGGUCUCAAUCCCGAUGCCGGCCGCUUCUUUUUCUUCUACCUGGUCUUCUUCACGGCCUAUCUCUGCUCGCUGGCCUUUGCCCAGUUCAUUGCUGUCGUGUCUCCCAAUCCCGCUGUGGCCAAUGCUCUUGCUCCGACCCUGACGACCUUUUUCUUUAUCUUUGCUGGCUUCCUCAUUCCCAAGGAAAGCAUGGGCUGGUACUGGCGUUGGUUCUACUACAUUGACUACUUUUCGUACUGCAUCAGCGCGUUCACUGUCAACGAGUUUUCUGGGCUCGAGUUCCACUGCGAUGAAAAGUCGUACGUGAACGUCACCAGUCCCUACGACCCUUCGCAGUACAAGCUGUACUGCCCGCUCACCAAGGGCGAGGACAUUUUCGCCAUCUUCAACCUCGAUGCCACCUCCAAGUGGCGCGAUUGGGGCAUUCUCCUUUGCUUCUAUGCAUUCUUCUCUGCGUUGGUCUUUGUCGGCAUGCGCUUCUACUCUGCGCUGAAGCGUUAAGCCAUUGGACAGUUGGGCGUUGCACCAAUGAGGCUGUGUUGCAUUUGUUUUUCUUGCAUGAUGCUGGUUUGUGUGUGUGUGUGUGUGUGUUGUCUUUUUGUAUCAGGCCCUAAAAAUAACUAUUGUGUUUUUAUAUCUG